UGGGAUGAUCUAAUUAACAAAUCCAACAAGCUAACCGCAUCUAUAACAAUGCAGUGUGUGUCUGGCUUUCUGGAGGCCUUUCAAAAAAUAGCCGACAUUGCAGAAUCUGACAAUGCCGGGUUACGCCCGUUCGGAAUAGCUAUGAGGCGGUUCUGUCUACGCCAGAAAUGCGUGGAGUCUCGCCUGCGGAGUUUUAACAGUCAACUGACUGACUGCCUCGUGACUCCACUUUCCGACCGGCUGGAGGAAUGGCGGCGCACAGCCAACCAGAUGGACCGCGAUUGUGUCAAAGAAAUGCGCAAGGCCAAAUCAGAAUUGCAGCGCGCCGUGCUUGAGGCAGAGAAGUGCAAAAAACGACUCCGACGGAAGGUACACAGUCCUUAA